GGGACACAUCUAAAAGUUGCAGGACACCGGCCCUUGAGGACUGGACUUUGACACCUGUGCUCUACAGGGUACCUAGGUUCCCUGAUACUGGUUUGUGAUAGAGAUGCUUCACUGGUGUCAGAGAAACAGCUCUCAUUUUCGCUGCUAUCUGACACCUCCCUCCUCUCUGCAGCAAGCUUGCUGGCCUGCUUGCUGGCCUGAACAGCUGCCACCACAUUCCUCCUUUUGCUUCGCCUCUUUGUAGGAGCUGAAGCUUCCACUUCCAUCACCUCCUCCGUCUCACCUGUCUCUCCCUCCAAUCCAGUUCCCAAAACCGACUCUACACUGUUCCUCCUUUCAUUCCAAUUACCUACCUCCACCUCUCCUUUCCCUCUCUGAUCUCCACACACUAAAUGUUCCUCAUUGCUCUUCACCCCCUCCUGCUCUCCCUGUACACCGUCUCUCUCCCCCUCACCACCAUCCACCGUGCAUCUAUCUUUUCCCACACACACAUUCAUUCUACUGUCCACCACUGGCACCUCAACAAUACCAUCUGCUGGCUCUUCUGCCGCGGUUUCCCCCCGCGGGCUCCCCCGCAGGCUCCUCCGCGGCAGCCGCGGGUUCCUCCGCAGCGGCCCGCUCGCCAGGUGGAUCCCUCUCCUGUUCAGCAGCAGCGGGCUGCUGCUUUGCCGAACCCGGGGGGGCCGGCCCGGCCCUGUCAGGACACAUUUUUAUAAUAUGGCCGUCCUGACCACAACCAAAGCACUUCAUAUUAGAAGACGUGGCAAACAAAAUAUAAUCAAAGUCAUCUAUUCUGACAUGAAAACGCAAGUUAAGCUCCUCAUCUCGACGAUUUAAUAUCAUGAACAGUUGUCUCCUGUGAGAGACAACGUGUUUUAAUAGCGGUGAUUUACAACCGAACGGCACUUUUUUAAUUUGUGACACCACUUUGCCAUGUCGAGACAACUCUUUAAUCAAAAACUCAUCACUAAUAAAAGGAGGGACGUUUGACAAUGUUACCUUAGUUGCAGGUAAGGUAAGCGGCGAGACUUGUAAAAACAAACCAUCUACAGAAACGCCCGCUUCCACUAACUGUUGAGCCUGCUCCACUUUUUCAACAAACAAAACUACAGCUCCAUUCAUUCGCGCUGCUGACUUAAUAAAUCCAUGCCCAAUUACCUCACCCACAGCCAGACAAACGUCUUCCACGCUGCACGGAGAACCAGCACCCACCUUGAUGCCGUUCUUCCGUGUCAGCGUGGAGAAAACACCAGAGCCACCACCCACCACCAUGGCGUUCAAGACGCUGGGCAAAACCCGACGGCCACCAAACCCCACAAACCCUACCAAAAAAAACCUAAAGCACAACAAAACACCUAUAUAUACAAUAUUUACAUACACCCAGUGAAAGAUAGAAAAAAGUAGGAAAAAAACACUCAAACAAAUUCAACUCACGCUCUCUCCCUUCUCCUUCACUCACACUCCUCCCACACGAAGAAGAAGAAGAACAAGGUAGCAGCACAAGAAGGUCCUUUAAAGAAAAGUAGUACAUAUGGAUCCAGUACGUUACAAAAGGUACCUCGUUGACGACGAAGCACCUGUUCCAGAAAGAACAGAGAGAAGACGUAAACGAAAGCACUUUUCUGAAGAUAUUGGUGAUGAUGAAGAAGCUGUGGCCUCUUCUUCUACAACUCCGAAUCUCACCCAAAAGGACAGUCAGGAUGACCUGGUGUCUACUGCUUCUGAUGACAUAAUGAACCAACCCAUACCUGGACCUAGCUCUUUACCUGGGGACCCAGUAGAGGAACAUCUAGAAGACCCCACAAGUCAAACUUUAGAUCAGGAACCAACAAAAGAACAGGUGGAACUCCUGCUGCUUGCUUUAAAACUCAAACACGGAUUAACAAAUAGAUCCUUGGAGGACAUCAUGCAUCUUAUCAACUUUAGUGCUGGUCCUGGUGGGGAAGUGGUUAGUGGCUCAAAGUACCUUUUCUAUAAAGCAUUUGAUUCAGUGAAAGACAUAUUAGAAGUACAUUAUGUAUGCAAGAGUUGCAAUGUAAGCAUGCAGGAAGGUCCCUUUAAUGUCACGUGCCCAGUCUGUGACCAGGACACAUCAAAAGUGCAUGCACAAAAAGACCAGUGUUUUUUGUACUUGCCACUAAAAUACCAAAUUAAAAAACUGCUUGAGGACCACCAAUUAGGGAAACACCUGGAACACCGUUUUGAGAAGAAGGAUGCUUCCAUCAAAGAUAUAUACGAUGGACAUUUAAACAAAAAACAAUCACACCUUGCAUCCCCAGACAGCAUAUCUCUGACAUUCAACUGUGACGGAGUGCCAGUACACAAAUCAAACACAAAAAGUUUGUGGCCAAUUUUGUGUACUAUUAAUGAACUGCCAAUACAACUAAGUGCAAAACAUGUUAUGCUUAGUGGCCUGUGGUUUGGUCAAAACAAACCAAAUAUGAACACGUACAUGAAACCAUUUGUCGAUGAAUCCAUAGAGUUGUACUCUGAUGGUCUUAUAUGGAAAAGGGAAAGUGGGGAAGUUGUAACAAGUAAAGUAGUUGUUACUACCAUGGUGGCAGAUUCAGUUGCUCGGCCACUGAUUCAGAACUUUAAACAGUUUAAUGGCGAGUUUGGAUGUUCUUUUUGUAUGCAGAAAGGAACAAGUGUGUUAAAACGCAGGGGACGUGUAAGGGCUUAUCCCUAUGAAAAAACAGAUUUGAGGAAUCCCUCCCAGACGGAUGAUCUGGUUGAAGAAGCUCUUGCUGGAAACCCCACUAAGGGAGUGAAAGGGCCUAGCAUUUUGUCUUGCCUACCCGAUUUUAAUAUCAUUGAUGGCUGUGUUCCAGAUUAUAUGCACAGUGUGCUGCUGGGUGUAGCAAGAAGCAUCACCACUCUGUGGUUUAAUUCUGAAAACCACCAAUCACCAUGGUAUAUCGGACGCUCAACAGAACAGAUUGAUGACAUUUUAACUUCUAUUAAACCCCCCUGUAAUGUUUCCCGUGUUCCCCGCUCAGUGAAAGAGAAAAAGUUCUGGAAGGCACACGAGUGGAGCAUGUGGUUGUUUUAUUACAGCAUACCAACAUUGAAAGACGUCUUGCCUGAAAAAUAUCUGAAGCACUGGUUUAAGUUGGUAAAGGGGGUUUCUCUUCUACUUGGUGAGAAUAUAUCAACACUGCACUUAUCAGAAUCUGAGGGGUUGCUAACAGAGUUUGUUCAGGAAAUGGAGACCCUUUAUGGGAUUAAUAAUGUCACUUUCAAUGUACAUUUGUGCCUUCAUCUGCCCAAUACUGUGAGAAACUGGGGUCCCCUCUGGGCAGUCUGCAUUUGUGUUUGAGUCAUACAAUAGAUAUGAUAAAGAGCAGCCAGGGAGUUUCUCUGCAGAUAAUGAAAACAGUUUGGCUACAGGUUGCAUUUCCAUCAUUUUCCCAAAAAACCAUGGUGGCAGCUUCUGAUGAUUACUUGGCUCUCUUAGAGUCUUUUGCAGUUAAGAAAAAAAUGGUGCUGGAAGUAAGUCGCUCUCAUGGUGUUACAUCUCUGGGUAGGCCUAAGAUUUUUAUGAUCAGAAAUGAUGAUUUUCUGGCAUUGAAUAGCAUCAGCAACCUUGAAAAUAGAGUCACUAUGAAGUAUUUUAGCAGAGUAGUUGUUAAUGCUGAAAUAGUUCAUUCACAAAACUACUCGCGUACUUUUCGGAGAAACUCAUACUUUCUGAUUGAGAGGAAAGUAUUUUCUCUGUGAAGACAUUUAUUGUCUGUGAUCUGGGGCAGGGGGAGACAUGUUAUGCAGUGGGGAAGUACUACCAAAAAGUGAAACAAGACAUCUGCAGUCAAUUUAAGAAUCCUUGUUAUUUCAUCCCUGUAGGGGAAAGUAUUGGGCCUUUAGUUGCUGUACAAGCAUCUCAGAUAAAAGAAAAGUGUCUGUUCAUUAAAACUGUGAACAGAAAUGUUGACAUUGUCUUCAAAUGCAUUAACUACAGUGAAAUGCUCAGAUAGAUGUGGGAUGAUGAUUAGUUGAAUUUAUGUUCUAUGCACUUUCUUUUUUUGUCAUACAUUUAGACUCUGACCUUUCUGCAAAAUUCAUCUAUAAAAUGCAUCAAAACAAUACAGAAAGCAUUUCAUUUUGCAUUGCAUUUGGUGGAUGUAAUGGUUAAUUUUUGGAUAUGUGUGAGCUGUAAUGUGAAUCUUGAAGUGACUUGAAAUGGGGGGGGCGGGCACUUGAUUGACAAAAUAAAAAAAUCGUUUUGCUAUA